AUGAUAGUUAAAAAAACAAUCGCCGCCUCCACUUUAGUCGUAUUCGACGUCGUCUCAUUGCCCCUUGGCUACGCCCUCCGCUGGAGGUUUCCGCUGUCUGCAUGCGCAAUUGCUUCUGCUGCAGCUGCUCGCCAGGUCCUGCAGAGCGCCAUAAUUGUCUUCGGCGUUUUGAGGAUUCUCGCACCAGUGCUGCAGACGCUAACGCAGUCGUUCAGCGACGACACCGUAAUUAGUUUAACAUCGAUUUGUCUGUUGAUUCACAUCCCCCUCAAUGACUAUUCCUACGUCUACAGGAACCCCGAGAAGAUCGACGAGCCCUUGGGGCGGCUGAUGAGUUUAAAUGUGGCGCUGUUUGCAAAUGUUUUGUUGGCGUCGCGUCUUAGCACAUCAACAGAAGUGUUUGCUUUCCUCUUCUUCGGCAUUGAGUGA